GAUACAUUUGUGGUUCUGAACAUUAAUUGGUCAGUGGUUGCUCUUGGCAUUAACAGCUCCCUAGUUAAAGUGGUGAGAUAUUAUGAUAUUAAGGGCUCAUAUUAUCAUAUUUCCUCAUCUCUUAAUCGUAGACAUUGGGAUUUUAAUCUCUUAAAAUUUCUCUGAUGUGGUUAUAUUAAGAAAUUUGGUUAUGACAUUCUUUGUGAAGUUAUAUACAUUUUUCAUUCUGUUACUUCAAGUUUAUAUCCUAAAAUACAAUGUUGGAAGUUUUGAAUAAUUUGGAUCUCAAAAGUGGAUAGUUAAUAUGUUUGUUAGUAAUUAUUUAUGUUAAGUCUCGAUGAAUCUUUCCACUUCAAGGAAAACAUAUUGCAAAGUAAUAUAUAUAGUUUUCUUUCUUAAGUGGAUAACUAAUAUGUUUGUUAAUAAUGACAAUUCUUGCAAAAUCGAUGGAAGGAAUUCCCUCAAGUAGAUUAUGAAUUUGAGUAGUUAAAAAAUGAUCAUAAAGUUAUUUAUUGCAAAAGAUCUGAGACCUUUUUCCGUUGAUGCCUGACCUUCAAAUCCUAUUAUAUGUUUCAUGAAAUUCGAGUCAAUGAGAUAGCAUGAACAGAAAUGGUCAAAGAAUGAGAAACAGACAUAUUGCUAAUAGUAAAGUGUGGAAGGGCCAUCCUGUUUUUGCUCGUAAAUCUCAUAAUUUAUGAUUUAGUGAGUCAUGAAUUUACUUCAUUUAGGACUAUGAGAAUAUCACACACUAUGUGGGGCUUGUCAUGAACUCACGAUGGCAUGAUGGCUGAUAUUUAGUUAUGCAUUAAAUCCAAAUAUAUGAAGUUACUACUAAUUUCUUUAAGUUCAUUGUUUGAAGAUACAGUUUUUUAAAACACUAUAAAGUUUAUAUUCAUGUUUUUUCUUUUUCUCUUAUUCUCUUGUUUUAGAGUGGUUAGAUGUAAUUUAAAUAAUUUCUCUGGAAAGUGUGAGUGUACUGAGGUUAUUGAGUGAUUGAGAGUGAAAUCAAUGUGUUCUAAGUUCUAGCAAUUUUCAGUGUUAUUUUCUGAUUGUCGAUCAGUUUUGACACUGAUUGUAAUUUUUCUCCGAUAUUAGAGAUUUUCACAUUAUAUUAUUGUGUUGUGUUGUGAUUAUGUUUCUACUUUUAAUUUCUCUAUUGUUUUCCAACAUUGAAUUGGGUAAGUUGAGCAAUGGAGCGCUCUAACUUCUUGGCUGCCCUUUUCUUCAUUCCCCUUUCCCUUCUUUUAGCCUUUCACUCUCUUUGGAAUUUGGAUUAUAGAAUGCUUCUACACAUCGCCUUUUCCUCCCUCUGCUGUUACCAUUUCACAACUGCUGCUAAUUACCUUAGAACGUAAAUGAUAUGGCGAUAAAUAGCCACUUACAAAUAAAUUCAGAUUGGUCUUUUCCAAAAAUAUUAUUCAGAUUAUAGUACUAAUUAAAAACAUUUUACUUCGUCCAUUAAGCAAGUGAUUAGGGGUUCGAAUCUCAAUUCUUGUGAAUUGAGAAAACUCAUUGGUUAGCCCCUACCACUUAAUGUAUUGACCGUGAGGUGAGAGGUCAAUCUCAUGGUUGUCGACUGUGAUAUAGUUUACCUUAGUCAACACCAAAUAUAUGGGGAGUGUGGACUCUUCAUUUGUGGCAACCAAGAGUUUUUAGUUGUCACCAGGGAGAGGAUGGAGACAUAUCUCGGAAACUCAAUGAUUGAGAUUUUGUCACACUAAGAAAAUCCCUUCCCCUCUUAUUUAUCUUUUCUUUCUAUGCAUCUCUCUAUAAGUACUUCUUUUCUCGUUGAUGAUGGUGCUUGAAUGAACCAAUUAUCUAAGCAAUAUGGCUGAGGGUGAAGCAGCAGCUGGGAAAUCUCUUAGGGAUUUUGAUCCUCAAAAGAAACCCAAAAGGAACAAGUUUGCUUUGGCUUGUGCCAUUCUAGCUUCCAUGACUUCCAUCCUACUUGGUUAUGAUAUUGGUGUGAUGAGUGGAGCAGUCAUCUACAUAAAAAGGGACCUUAAAAUCUCCGACGUGCAAAUCGAAAUCCUGUCCGGAAUCAUGAACAUUUACUCUCCGAUAGGCUCUUACAUAGCCGGCAGAACCUCCGACUGGAUUGGUCGGCGUUACACAAUCGUGCUUGCCGGUUUGAUUUUCUUCGUGGGAGCCAUCUUGAUGGGAUUUUCUCCCAACUAUGCGUUUCUCAUGUUUGGCCGCUUCGUCGCCGGCGUUGGCAUUGGUUUCGCGUUCCUCAUUGCCCCUGUCUACACCUCUGAAAUCUCUCCAACUUUGUCUCGUGGCUUCCUCACUUCAUUGCCUGAGGUUUUUCUAAAUGCGGGAAUCUUAAUCGGAUACAUAUCAAACUACACAUUUUCCAAGCUACCACUCCGCCUAGGCUGGCGCCUCAUGCUUGGAAUCGGUGCUAUCCCCUCCAUAUUUCUCGCUGUGGUAGUGCUAGCCAUGCCGGAGUCACCAAGGUGGCUCGUUGCCAAGGGUCGCAUUGGAGAAGCUAGAAAAGUCCUCAACAAAAUCUCUGACUCCAAGGAAGAGGCUCACCUCAGGCUAGUCGAUAUCAAACACCAAACUGGAAUCCCCGAGGAUUGCAAUGACGAGGUUGUUCAGCUAAACAACCAAGUUCAAGUCCAAGGCAAGGGUGUGUGGAGAGAACUUUUUCUUCAUCCCACCCCCGCAGUUCGUCACAUUUUCAUCGCCUCCCUCGGGAUUCAUUUCUUCGCACAAGCCACUGGCAUAGACGCUGUUGUUUUGUACAGCCCCAGAAUCUUUGAGAAGGCAGGGAUCAAAUCAGACACAUACAAGCUCCUUGCAACGGUAGCUGUUGGAUUCGUGAAAACCUUGUCCAUUUUAUUGGCUACAUUUUUGUUGGACGGUGUCGGGCGACGCGUGUUGUUGUUGACCAGUGUGGGUGGGUUGGUCCUUUCACUUAUGACCCUUGGGGCGAGUCUCACUGUCGUUGACCACUCACAUGUCACAUGGGCCCUUGGGCUCAGCAUCGCUGCGGUGUUAUCCUACGUGGCCACUUUCUCCAUUGGGUCAGGGCCCAUUACAUGGGUUUAUAGUUCUGAGAUAUUUCCUCUGAGGCUUCGUGCUCAAGGUGUGGCUAUUGGGGCUGUGGUGAAUAGGCUCACCAGUGGGGUUAUCUCAAUGACCUUUUUGUCCCUCUCUAAUGCAAUCACUAUUGGAGGCGCUUUCUUUCUUUUUGCGGGAAUUGCAGUUUGCGCGUGGAUUUUUCACUACACAUUGCUCCCUGAAACACGUGGCAAGACUCUAGAGGAAAUAGAAGGGUCUUUUGGUCAUUUCUGGAGAAAGCCUAAUGCCGCCAAAGAAGUUAACGGUAGAAACAAUUUUAUUAACCAAGUCAAAUUAAGUACAAAUGCUGACAACAAAUAGUAUGUUUGGUUAUGAUGUGGGAAGUUCUAUAAUCAAUUAUAAUAAGAUGUUAGAAAAUUUAGCUUCGAAUUACAUGGUUGAUGGAUGAUGGUAAUCCAAACAUACUACUCCUUCCUCCUUUAAAAAAAAAAAAAAUUGUCCUUUUCUAUGAGACUCCUACUGAAUUUCAGAAAAAAAUAUUACUUUUUUCA